CUUUAACCUCAAAUUUUGACAUUUCAAUGUACACAAAAAACGUUCUAGAAAUUUCAAGAAUUGGAAUUAAAAUCGAUCUCACUCAAAUUAAAUGUUAAAUACAUACAAAAUAUGAUAUAAAUUAACUAUUUCAACAGUUGGAUUAUUUUUGGAAAGUAACCGAACAAUCAUAACCUAGUCUUUUACAUAAUGAUUAAACUACCAACGUGUUUUCAAUAUUUCAUUAUAUAUAGCUUACAACUUUGUUCCUAUAUUAUAUUAAUUAAUUGUGGGGCCAAUAACUUGCAUCAUAUUGAUGGUACUUCUACUGCUGAAGUAAUUAAUGGUGAUGUCUUUUUUGAAAUAGUAGAUCCAGUAGAAUUAGAAUAUACUUACAGGAUUCGUCCAGCCAAAGACUUCGGAGCGCCUUUUAAUGCCUCAUUUCAUAUUAAAAACGUACCUUUGGUUCCUAUACUACCAAAGAAUGGAUGUAAACCCCCCGAUAAUUUGGACGAUAUAGAAGGAAAUGUAGCUUUUAUUGAAAGAGGUGAUUGUUCUUUCAAGUUGAAAACCCUCAUUGCAGAACGCGCAGGUGCCAGAGCAGUCAUAAUAAGUGAUGUAGUUAAUUCAAAUCAAGAAUAUUUUAUUGAAAUGAUUGAUGAUAAUGCAGUGGAAGAAGUUAAUAUCCCUGCAGGUUACUUAUUAGGAAAAAAUGGUUUAAUGAUAUUGAAGACCCUGGAGAAGCUGAAAAAAAAUUUUGCCAUAAUUAAUUUACCAGUGAAUUUGACAUUUACGCCAAUACACGAAAUGAAUCAGCCUCCAUGGUUGGGUUGGUAGAUUUAAAAAUGAUUUUAUGUAAUUUUAUUUUAUUGAAAAAAAAUUUGGAUGUUUCCUGCUUGUGAGUACAUUAUAUUUAUUAAAUGAGUGAUUAGUAAGUAUUGUUAGAAAAUUAAUGACUAAUGAAGCAAUAAACACUGUAGAUAUUUUUAUAAAAAUUAUUAUUGGACGAUUUCGUAUGCUGAAAUUGGCAUAAACUUAAGUAUAAGUGGAAUAUGUGGAGGGUAGUUCAUGUUUUGUAAUUGUAAUUUCCAUUGAAAAUUGGAAGUGACAUUCAGAAAGUGAUCUAAAUCUUGUUCUGGGCUAGGAUCCUGAAUCAGCUGAUAGGUAAUCUAUCCGAACACAGGUUGUAGUUUCUGAAAAGUCCUUUUUAUUAUUUGUAAAUAACCGUGGAUUUUACUUUUACAUGUUUAUAAACAUUUUGAUAUUACCUACUAAUAUAUUAACGAAACAAUGACACAUAAUAUAAAUCAAACAAAAAAGUUUUUUAUUAAAUACAGGGUGAUUGAUUAGUGCCUCCUUUGUCUUUGAGAUAUCAAUAUGAAAAUUUGAAGGAUGUAUGUAUGUGGAUAUUGGGGUAUCAUAUACUCUGCGAUCCAAUAGAUCUAUUGUGUCCCUCUUUCUUGCUGCAAUACUGGGGAACACAGUGUUUGUAGCUGAUAUUUUUGAAAAUCCAGAAUGAAUUUGAGCGAUUAUAGCCAUCAUUAGUCUUCACAUGUUCAAUCUUAAAGGAUGUUCCAGAAUGCCAUAUCAUAGUUACAUUUUUUUUUAAUGAAACACCCUAUAUUUUAUUGCAUAUUUGGAAUCAGCUUGAUUUCCCCAUUUCAUAAUAUAGGUCUGAGAUGUGUUUUACUGGGCAUUUAGAAAGUUCAAUACUCUGUACAAUGUAAGAGAAAUUCAAGAAUGCAAAUCUGUUGCGACCAAAGCAUUCGAAUAGUAGUAAUAAUUCUGGGAAAUUUUUUAUUUCGUUAAUAUUCAUUGAAUCUAAUACAGAGUGAAUCAAAAUACUAUUACAUUAUUUUCGAAUGAAUUUUAUUUUUCUCAAAAAAAUAUGGUCCUAGUACAUAUUCAACAAUACUUCCCCACACAUUCAACGAUCAUCUAGUUUGACUGUGUGUCACUAAGUGAUUUGGAUUAGCUGAUGAAUUACAGUGAAAGUUUGGCUAGUUAACACAACCAUUUUUAUUAAAUGUGGCUUCAUCUUCAAAUAGAACAUGGUCGAAAAAGUCUCUCUGUUCAUAAACUUUUCGCAAAGUCUACCUACAAAGAGCUUGUCAUUUUCUAAAAUCAACUUUGGACAAAUUUGUCAUGAAUUCUUUGCACGCCGUUCGAGCUCAAUUCUUGUUUGCUGAAAUUUAUUAGUAGGCUGUAGCUUAUGGCGGCAGAUUUCAGGGGGCGGCAAAUUUUGUUUAAAAACUUCUUGCUCUUUACAUGGAGAAACGUUUGGAAAAUCUUACAGAAAUGAAAGUAUUUUGAUGAAAAUACUAAAUACUUAAACAACUGCUGAAAGCUUUAUUAAAGGUACUUUAUGAUCAUGAAUAUUGCAACAGGGAUCUAAUAUAAUUGAAAUUUAGUUAUUUUCACAAAUGAUUUAGUUAUAAAUUUCAACUAAAUCACUAAAAUUUUUUCUCUAUGUCUAUGUUCUACAAUGGGCCGAAGGUCGAUUCCAUUUCAAGGACUAAGGUACUACAAUCAGAACUCUUAGUAUGAACAAGUUAAAGUGGAAGCUGAUUCAGCAAAAUUUUUUUAGAAGCUUGUCAUAAAAGGACACUAAACUAUUGUUUAAAAAUGCUGUAACCAACUUCUUAUUUAAUUUCACUUUUAAGUCCCAUAUGGCACUACCUGUGCCCCGGGUACUAUAUACUAACAAAUUAUGGAUAUUUUCGUUUUUGUAAAUUUUUUUUUCAUUAAUAAAGGAUUAUUAUUGUUAUUAUUAAUAUUAUUAAAUCUACACACACAAUCAGUCAUUCAAUAUCAUUAGAAAGCAUCAAAUUUAAUUUUAGAGUUUAUUUUCUUUUUUUUUUUUCGUAAAAAAUACCAAUUCAAAUUAUUUUUCAUUAUUUUAAAUAUAAAACUGAAGAAUAAUCCAGAAUUUUAUAUAUAAAACUUUUGUUUCCGAAUUAUUGAUAAAUUUUAUUGAUAAAAAAUAUAAAAUGAAUAAUUGUGAACUGAGAUAUCGGAUUUCAGGUGGCAAAAGGUGAAAAGCCUUCAUUCCUUACACUUGUGUGUGGGUUUUCAGUAACUGUCUACAAAAAAUCUCCUGUAACAAAAGUUUUAAAUCGUUCAAGCUUUUCAUAGAUAACUGAACCCGUGCGAUUGAACCGCUCCAUCAACAUCUCCAAGCUUGCUUCCAUAGGUCGCCGCCUUUCAGGAAACCGUUCAUGGUAUACUCUUGCCGAUAGUAAAGCCGUUCCCCCUCAUUAGCAAGUACAGUUUCUAUACCAAAUUGGCAGUCUGUACCGCAUGCAUACCGAGGCUAUGUUAUCAAAUAGAGACAUCCGGAUUGGUCGGUAGGAUUCGUUUUCGGUACGAUUUUCUCUCGGAAUACUGGCUUUUGGUACUCAAGAUCAGUCCACACUCUGCAUCAACCGAACGAGUAGUUGCGAAAUAUUUAACAUUCAAUUCCGCGUGCUACAAAAGUGUUUAAGAAAAGAGUUCUUUGUGAACAGUUUGCAAGUAUUGGAUUUACCAAAAUAGUUUUUUCUAUUAUCAUAAACGAAUAUUUUCAAACAUGGCAUUUUGCACCCAAUAUUGACACAUUUGCUUGCGAAAAUUCCAUAUGUUGAUAUUUGCAGUUCGUAACGUUGACAACAAUUUAAAUAUUGACCCUUCGCUUUCCUGAAGUUGUAACUCAAGGCCUAAAUAGACAAAAAAUAUUCAGAACAAGUCAAAAUAUAUUUCAAGAAGGUAUGCGGUAUUUCAGAGAAGAAGAUAUCCCCACAAAAAGAAGAAGUCCGGAGCAGUCAAAUCAGGCGACCGUGGAGGCCAAUCAACAUCACCAUUUCUUGAAAUAACUUAUUGUAAUUCCAUUGUAAUUUUGGCUGUAUGCGAAGUGGCACCAUCUUGUUGAUACCACAUGUUAAUCAAGCCCAAAGCAUGUAGUCUUGGCGUUAAAAAGUUUUCACGAUAUCGCUCCUCAUUGACAGUUACCGUUACGCCGCCAAAGUUGUUCUUGGAAGACCAAGUUCCUGAGCACGACGUCGAAUGAAUUGUUUUGAGCACUUUCUUAAGCAGCAGUAUUGUUUUCAGCCGAUCUUACAGUACGUUGUGGUCAAUGCUUGGGCUUAUCAGCUACAGUUCCUCUUUCUUCGAAAUCAUUCACUAUACUAUAAAUAAUGUGUCUUCUGGACACGUGGUUUCUCCCAAAAGUUUCACGUAAGUUUCUCAUCGAUGAUUGAUUUUGAUAAAAUGUUUGAACGAUUACAACACGCUCGUUUGCCGAAUAUUUUUCCAUAAUAAAUUUGCCACGUCUCUACUUCACGACUGCCAAAUAUGAACUGUCAACACUAAUGUUUACCAAAAUAACAGCAAAACAAAAUAGUAUACCUUCCCGGCGAACACAUUGUAUAUACUUAUUUAGUAAGCUCCAAUGUAGAGAAAAAAUAUUUUUCAACCAUCGAUUUCUUUUUUCCCUUGUACAAAUCAAGAAAAUGUAUAAAAUAUAAUUUGUUGAUAUAAUAU